CAAAAAAAAAAAAAAAAAAAAAAAAAGAAAGAAAGGGAAAAUGUAUAACUGAAUCUAACUUUGUUGUAGUUUAAAUCUCUAAAGUUUGGUUUUGGUUUUGGUUUUUUAGGCUGACUAGUUAACCAUCUCUCCACCAUCUUGGGUUUGUGCCAUUGGUUUUUUUUUUCUGACCUAAGAAAAGCACUUAACAUUUGUCCUUGUUUAAUUUCAUCUUGUUAGAUUCAGCUCAUUGCCCUGGCCUGUCAAGACCAUUUUUCAUCAUUAUUCUGUCGUGCAGUCAUCUGCCUGCUCCUCCCAGUGCUGGUCACCCACAGGCCAGAGUUACAUGCCCCCCACACCUUCCUUCCACAGCCCUGGAGGAGGGAGCCAAGGGGAGCCCCUGGCCAGGUGAUAUGAAGGAACUGACAGUCAGCGUCCUUGGGGGGGAGACCCUUAGCUAGUUUUUCCUCCUAGUUAUCCAUGUGUUCUUUUCACCCCUUUCUCUCUAUGUUCCAUAAAGAUAAUGAGAAGUGGCCAACUGGUUACCUUUCUUACUUAGCUACCAGGAAGCUCAGAGCCUGGGCCGAUCACCCAUUUUCAGUAGGUCUCAGCCUUUCAAAAUCCAUAGAAAUAAAAUAACACCCAUGGUAAAAAGCUUUUUUUUUUUUUUUAAUGAUGUAUUUCUACGAUAUAUGUAAUUUAAAAGAAUUUGGCUACAUAAAUUCUGCUUGGGACUCUUCCAUAUCUUGUAUAUUUCAAAUUGGGUUAUUCUUAUACACAUGGCACAGAAAAGCAAAACACUGGGGGGCUGCCAUAUUUGAAUAGUGUUUAAAUUGAAACUAUGUUUGAAUAAUUAAUAUUUUCUGCCCAACUAUAACUCCUUCAGUAACACAUGUGUGAAUUUAGCUUUGGGAGGGAAAGAGAAGCACUUUGAUAGAGGAACAGUAUUUAAGUUCCAUCUUAUCCUGUGAGCUCAGCAAGCAAGUCAGCAGGAGGUUUUGUGAAAUCAUGGAGUCAAAGUGGUUUUAUCAGCUUGGCCCAAUUUACCUUUUAUUAAAUUAUUUUUUGGCUGCACUCGAGGCAUGUGAAAAUUCCCGGGCCAGGUAUUGAACCAGAGCCACUGCAGUGACAACGCUGGAUCCUUAACCUGUCCAGGCUCCCCUGAGAAUCUGACUAGUAUCCAAGAGCUGAGUUCUGGGCAGAUUCUUGGGAGAGCCUGUGAAAAUGCAAAACCAACUCAGGGGCUCUGCUGUGGGGAACAGAGAGUCUGCAUUUCUCACAAGCUCCCAGCUGAUGUGGUGCUGCCAGCCCAUGGAUCAUACUUCGAGCAGGGCCACCCUACAAGGGACAUGUAUGUAAAAAGGACAUAUAGGUCAUGUAUGUAAAAAGGGCAUGUAGUGAAAAGCAUUCAAUACACCCCUCUUAUUCUAGAAUGUUCUCCAUCCUUUGUUGUCAGGAAAAUGUUUGCUCACUGAGGUGCAGCUCAAAUGUAAGCUCUACCAAGACAUUGGGUUCUCACAGAGUUAAUCUCAUAAUUCCUUUAUGGUCCCACUUGUCGUUUGCCUAGUAGUUAACUUGUGUGUACUUGGCACUUCCAUUUUUUUUGCUUCUUCUACUUUUUUAUGUACAUACAGAAAAAGUCACUUUUGGGUGCACAGUCUGAGUUUUAAUGGUUGUAUAACUGCCACCACAAUCGAUUCAGAUUCACAAUAAUUCCUUCCCCCAAAGGAUUCCCUUGUGUUGCCUUUUGCAGUCACUUGUCCCCACAGCUCCAGCCCCUGGCAACCACUGACCUGUUUCUGUUCUAUCAUUUUGCCUUUUUCAGAAUGUUAUAUAUAUAAAUAGAAUCAUACACGCUGGAGCCUUGUGAGUCUCCUCCAUUUUGCUCUGUCUGUGGAUCUUGGAUCUUGCCUGAUUCACCUUCAUUUUUGCCUGAAUAAGUGUUUAACCCAAAGUCAGCAUUCAGACACCCAAUUCACUGCACUUGCAGUGAGUCCACUGUCCUUUCAGAAGCCUGACUCUUAAUCAAGAAACCCCAGUCUUGCUGACUUUGUGGUGACUUUUCAGCUCAGGGUUUUCCUAACUCGCCUGGUCAAAAGACUCUCCUGUCUCCUGGGUGUGUAAUAAAAAUAGGAAUUUCCAGAAUUCUUUCCUGCACAGUCUGAUUUUACAGUUUCUCUUGCACAGUCUGAGUCUGAUUUUAUGGUUCUGGAAAGAAGCCUGGGGAAUCCAAACCAGUGCUUCUCAAAUUGUGUGGGAAUCACUUGAGUCACAGAUUGCUCGAUCCCAUCCCAGAGUUUCUGAUUCAGUGGGUCUGGAGUGGGGUCCAAGAAUUUCCAUUUCUAGCAAGUUUCUGGGUGACGCUGAUGUUGUGCUCUGGGGACCUCACUUUGAGAGCCGCUGAUCCACAGACUGCGCUAUUAUCAUGCCUUGGGAGAUAAUACAUGUACACAUGUGCAUGUGUGAAUUCCAGCUUCAGCGCAAUUGAUAGGGGGGCAAGCAUGCUAUGUGAGACUUUUUUCGGUACCAAACAUUGCACUCUGGCCAUGGCUUCAAUCCCAUUUGACCAGGGCCAAUUUCUUCUGUCCAGGGCCGAUUUCUUCCAUCUGCAUUGACUCAGAAGCAGAGACCUCUGAGAUUUGUUUGGUUCAAUCCUCUCCCCUUGGCUGGGGGACCAAGAUGAAGCCCUCUGGCUUCUGCUGAGGAUGCUAAUGGCCCAGUUGUGGCAAAACCAGUUUCAGUCCUUUCUAGUUUUUCACACAGGCUUGAACAAUGUUGGCAUGGAAACUGUGUGUGAGGAUGUCUGUGGUCUUAGAGAAACCGAGGUGAUUACGGUUGGAUUUGGACUCCGAGGGACAAUUCCUGGGGAUGCCGCGGAUUAGCUGUAACAGCUGUUAUCCUGCCCAUUUGAGGAGGAACUGAAGGGAGAAGAAAGGACUUGUUUAAAGGAUGGAUCUUUGCAACUCGAAGAGGGGAGACUCUUCCAUCAAGCCUGGGGAAAGUGUAUUCCUGGGCUUCUGUGCUUGAUCUGCCUUAGGGAAGAGAUGACCGCCUUCCACCAGCAAAGGCUUCCAGAGCCUUGUCUUUUCUGAAAAGAAAAGAAAAGGGCCCUGAGAUCCCUCAGCUGAGAACAUGCUUUUACAGCUCGCUGUUCAGCAUCGUUUCAUGUGCCUGAGGAUCUGUAGGAAUGGCCCCUUGGAGUGUAAGAGUUUGGACUUUUACUGCCUUAUGGAGAACAAACCAGAGGAAAGUGUUGUCUGAAGGACUCAGGACAAGCCUAAGAGAUGAAAGGGCAGGAUGAGGGUCCCUGCUGCCCCUGCAGGCUGGGCUUGUGCCGCCCUCUGCCUGGCGUCAUGGUCGUCUGCCUUUUCCCAUGGGGCCAGCUCGGUGGCCUGUGUGGACAUGCAGCCCAAGCACACCCCAGCCCAGCCUCAGAACCCCAGGACCCACCACAUCACCAUUCUCACCGGCAGCUCUUCCUACUCACCAGGUGACACUGUUCCAGUGGCUGUGAGGAGCAGGCGGGACUUCCUGGGGUUUCUACUUCAGGCGCGAAGAGUGUCCGACCAUCAGAUAGUUGGCACUUUUGUUUUCACUCCUCCUCAUUCCAAACUGAUGACUUGUUCAGAAGAGGCUGACACGGUCACCCACUCGGAUAAGUCCCGGAAGAGAAAUCUAUGGUUUGAGUGGCGGGCCCCCGCCCAGCCUGCGGGGGACAUCAGGUUCCUUUUAUCAGUAGUCCAGUCAUAUUUCCUUUACUGGGCAAGGAUUGAAUCAUCUGUUGUGUCUCAACAGACACACAACGGAGCCCGAUCCGACGGCCACGUGGAGCUCGGCUGGCCAAUGCCAAUCCCCGGGCAGAGGCCAAAGGGCAUGGAAGGAACCGCCCCAGUGUCUCUGGACCUCCCCAUAGCUCCUGGCCUCUCCAUCACUCUUCCUCUGCAGAGUGCAGAUGUCUCUGCUGUGGCCUCACGUGGAGCUGCAGAAGAGGACAGUUUAGGUCCUGUUCCUGCCAGUGUUGGGGUGACAGCGUUGCCUGGGGGUGCAGAGACUCCAUUCCAGCCAUGGUCACACACAGCUGCUGCAGUCAGCAAUGGCCUGCAACCCAGCAGAGACAGCAGCCCAACCCUGGAACCAUCCCUGGAUGUCCGUGGGCUGGAGGGGCUUGUGGCCCUCAGGGAAUUCUCAGAGAGCUUUGCUUCCAGCCCAAACACCCAUCACAGGACUCAGAAUGAUCCACGCUUUGAGUCAUUGGAAACUUGCCUGCCCUGGGAUAGAGAUGAACAGGACAAGGAUAAGGCCUCUAACACGACGGUGGUGAGGCCUUCUUUGUACAACAUCCAUCUGACCCAUCCUGGUCCCUGGUCCUCUGAAGCACUCAUGGGGAGUGGGGCCAGGGCAGCCAAACCAACCUCUGUCUUCCACACCUCUGUCACCUCCAGGCCACCCACUGCCCGGGGCCGGGCAGAGGCCUCAAGGCCCUCUGCCAGCUUCUCGCCUCCUUCAGAGCACAAGGAGCCCAGGGUGGGGAAGGGAAAUGGCGAGGCUGGUGUGGGACCCCCCAGAAAGACCAACCCUGGGCUUGAGCUUGGGCAAGAUGAAGCCAGGACCCCUCCGGGCAUCCUGCUCCGGGCUCCGCAGCUGGGAAUCCUGCUUUGCCUCUCGGCCGCGCUGGGCAUGGCCAUGGCUGUUGGCCUUCGCUAUGUGCAUGCCCAAUACUGCCGCAAGCGGACGGGAGUGUCCUUUAGGGAGCCCACCCGGGAGGCAGUUGCCAGGGGUGACGACCGCGAGACCGUGCACGAGAGGAGGAUCAGGGACAACAGUUUUCUUGUGGCUGACUCAGAAUGAGUGGAUCACUCCCUCUGUGGGGGGCAAGAAAUCAGACCUCUGAGAAGGCCUCUCCGCGUCCUGCUUGGACCCCGUAGAGCGUCUCAGCCAGAACCGAGCUAAUGAGAAUAGCUGAUGAGGACAGGGACUCACCGUGUCCCUGUCAGGGAGCAGUUAGUGGAGGAAGCAGCAAAAGGACAGUUUUAUCAACAGAGGGAGUUCUUCCCUGGCUUUGUUGUCUGAACAUCUGUAAUUUAGCUGCUGCUUUUCUUUUCUCAAUUAGAUGUUCUGUUUGAAGAGUUAAACUCAACAUAAUGAAUAUUGUAUAACCUGCUCAUUAACUAGACCCCCGUGGCCGCUAAGCUUCCUCCGUUGCCUUAAGGAACCCGCAGAAAUAGAACUUGUCCCUCCUCAGCCUGUCAGCCUCCUCUCUUCGAAUUCUUUGAAAAAUAAAAAAGUAACGUUGGCGUUGUGUCUCUUGCAAGAAAAAGAACUGCAGCCCUCCCCUGGCCUCUCCAAAUCACCCCCAAAGAAGUUUUGUUUUCUGAUCCAGAGUUCAAAGUUGACUCUGAUUUUGUUGACUGGAUGAGUGCGAGGGUAUUUCGUCUUCUUGGAAACUCAGAGCAUGGCAAAUCUGCCAUAGAAAUUGAUCCGAAACAAGGAGGAUUUUAGAGGGUUUGGUUACCCACAUCUGCGGGAAAACACACUUGCAGCCGGAGACUGUAAACACCAGGGUGGGGUGAGCAAGCCUCUUCAUCAGGUGUAAAUGGACCUGAGACCGCCCAUCCAUUUACACUUGAUAAGAGUCUCCUGUAUUCCAAACCCCAGCGGGCAGCUUGCCUUUGGCCUGAGGUCAGGCUGAAAAAAAUGUUGUAAGAGCCUUUACCUAAGAAAGAAGCAUCGUGGGCAAAACCCAUUUACUUGCUUUUGUGACUUUAUGAAGAUCACUCUGAUUUAGCAAGAGUCCCAUGGAUACUACCUGGGCUCAAAAUAAGAUCUGAGUAUAAUUCUUAAAGAUGUUCACCUAAUAUAACACAUCGGGAUUUGCUGGCUUUUCAGAGUUAAAGCCAUUAGAGUCCCGAUCCAU